AUGCGAGCUGUGCUGACUUCAUUGUGGUACGUGGAGCUGCUGUUGGUGUUGUGCGUGGUUUGCGUGGCUCUCAGCCAGGCUCGGCCCAGCUAUUUGCCCAGCUAUGAAACGAUUGAGUAUGCGCCCACUGUGUUGGGCUAUGAGCACUACGCCUUGCCUGCGGCUAUCUCGCAUCAGAGCUCGACGGUGGUGCACGAGAAGCGUCCGUACUUGCGACCCAUCUACGAGCACCACCCAACCACUUAUACAACCUAUGCUGGCAGCCCGUUGACUUACGGCAGCGACUGGUACAAUCCCGGCUGGAACGCUGGUGCGCUCAGCUACCCCAGCAUCUAUCUCAAGUAG